CCGGUGACGUCACGAAUGACACGUGUAUUCAAGAUGGCGGCCGCGAUGGAGUCGUGGGUCGUGCUGCUGUUCCUGUCCCUGCUUCCUGUGGUCAAGCCGUUCUAUGUGCCUGGUGUUGCACCUAUUGAUUUCCAUCAGAGUGAUAUCGUUGAGAUCAAGGCAGUAAAGCUCACCAGUUCCAGGACCCAGCUACCCUACGAGUACUACUCGCUUCCCUUCUGUCGACCCACAAGCAUCGUGUACAAAGCCGAGAACUUGGGCGAGGUUUUACGAGGCGAUCGUAUCGUGAACACACCGUACCAGGUGAAGAUGAACCAGAACAAGAAGUGUGAGCUGGUGUGUUCGAAACCUGGGCAGCCCAUUAAACUUGGCGUGGCCGAAAGCAAGCUGAUUGCCGAGCGCAUCCAAGAGGAGUACUACGUCCACCUAAUUGCAGACAAUCUUCCUGUGGCCACCAGGCUGGAGUUUUACCCAAACAGAGAAGCAGGAACCGAUGAGGAACAGAAGAAAGACAUAGUAAAAGAUGUCCAGUUUGAACAUGGCUACAGACUGGGCUUCGCUGACAGUAACAAGUUCUACUUGCACAACCACCUGUCCUUCAUUCUGUACUACCACAAAGAGAAGGUGGAGGAGGAAGAGGAGCACACUUACCGUGUUGUACGAUUUGAGGUGGUGCCACAGAGCAUCAAGCUCGAAGACCUGAAAACCGAAUCGAAUGGUGCGUGCACGUUACCGGAGGCGAGUGGUUCCGCUCCUCAGGAGAUCGAUCCAUCCAAAGAGAACAACGUUCUCUUCACCUACUCCGUGCACUGGGAGGAGAGCCAGGUGAAGUGGGCGUCUCGCUGGGACACCUACCUCACUAUGAGUGAUGUACAGAUUCACUGGUUCUCCAUCGUGAACUCCGUGGUGGUUGUAUUCUUCUUGUCAGGCAUCCUGAGUAUGAUCAUCAUCAGGACCCUGAGGAAAGACAUAGCAAACUACAACAGAGAGGACGACAUCGAGGACACUAUGGAAGAAUCCGGCUGGAAGAACGUGCACGGAGAUGUUUUCCGGCCACCUCAGUAUCCCAUGAUCCUAAGCUCUCUGCUAGGCUCUGGGAUUCAGCUCUUUUGUAUGAUCCUCAUCGUUAUCUUUGUGGCCAUGCUAGGCAUGUUGUCUCCAUCUAGUCGGGGGGCUCUGAUGACCACUGCCUGCUUCCUCUUUAUGUUUAUGGGCGUGUUUGGUGGCUACUUUGCUGGCCGUCUGUACCGCACUCUGAAAGGUCACAGAUGGAAGAAAGGAGCUUUCUGUACUGCGACCCUGUACCCUGCAGUAGUGUUUUCGAUCUGUUUUGUUCUGAACUGUUUUAUCUGGGGAGAGCACUCCUCAGGGGCUGUACCAUUUACUACAAUGCUGGCUCUGUUGUGUAUGUGGUUCGGUAUCUCAAUGCCGCUUGUCUAUUUGGGCUACUACUUCGGCUUCCGCAAGCAGCCCUACGACAACCCUGUGCGCACCAACCAGAUCCCACGGCAAGUUCCAGAGCAGCGCUGGUAUAUGAACAAGUUUGUAGGGAUCCUGAUGGCCGGCAUUCUCCCCUUUGGUGCAAUGUUUAUUGAGCUCUUCUUCAUCUUCAGCGCUAUCUGGGAGAACCAGUUUUACUAUUUGUUUGGCUUCCUCUUCCUGGUCUUCAUCAUCUUGGUGGUGUCCUGUUCCCAGAUCAGUAUUGUCAUGGUCUACUUCCAGCUCUGUGCAGAGGACUACCGGUGGUGGUGGAGGACCUUCAUAGUGUCAGGAGGUUCUGCCUUUUACGUGCUCAUCUACGCCAUUUUCUACUUCGUUAAUAAGCUGGACAUUGUGGAGUUCAUUCCCUCCUUGCUGUAUUUCGGCUACACCACCCUGAUGGUUAUAUCCUUCUGGCUCCUGACGGGAACGAUCGGCUUUUACGCAGCCUACAUGUUCAUACGCAAAAUCUAUGCCGCCGUCAAAAUCGACUGAACUGCUAGCCUUCGUCAUUUUGUUACCUUUCUUUCCUUUCUUUAUUCCUUUUUUUUUUUAUUUUUUUUUUAAGUUUUACCUUCUGGUUUGGCAAGCAAGCACUGAAACCAGCGUGAGUUGUACGAGUGUGUGUAGCCGUUUCACGCCACGCUAUGUGUGCGGCUCAGCCCCCUGUGGACCGGAGGAGAAAACAAAAGUGUUUUGUGCACAGAAAAGUCGGCCAAUCGCUCGGAAGCUCCUCCGCUGAAACGGAGAAUUCAUCGAUAUAAAUGUGUCUUCAUUUUUUUUUAUUAUUAUUAUUUAAUUCUGACUUUCUUGUUGCACACAUCACAUGGGCCAAAGUAUACUGAGUGAUAUUAUUUACUUGUCUUUAUUUUUGUCGUCAUUGGAAUAAGGGUGAGACAGUAAACAUGAUUAUAUCCUUUUACAGACCAUAGUCAUUUUAAAAAGAUUCUUAAUAAUACGUCAUUUGAACCUAUUCGGUUCAAAAACACUCGACCUUUGUACAUACGUGUGUGUGUGUGGGUGGGUGGAUGUGUGUGUGUGCGUGCGCGUGUGUGUGUAGGUGUGUGUACAGCAUGCUGGAGGCAAAAAGGAGUGUGUGAAGUGAUGCUAAAGUAAUGUGGUACUGAGAAAAUGAGAUUAAAAAAUCACAACUUCUUCA